AUUACCACGAGUGUGUUGCUAAUAUUUUUAUGAAAAAAACGCUACUGUUAGCAUUACACGUUUAAGUAUUCUAUCUGUUUUAGGACGAGUUUUUUAAACUUUCAGUAUGAUGCACGUGUUGCACGAUGUUUACAAACACCCACUAUUUGGGCGUUUUGCCAACCGGCAUGCUAUCCGUUUACUACUGUUAUUAUUGCACUGCUGUUCUGUUGCUGUCAUAUAACAGAAUUUGAAAAUGCGGUUUUAGGUUGGCUCUAACACCUAUUUUGGUAUUAAUUUCGUGUAUAUGUAAUAUAUGCUUUAAAGUGUGUAGCACCUAUACGAAAAAAUGAAGUGCAGAAUGGUGAAAGAGAGAGGUUGUCUAUUAAGUUUCUGCAAUACUGUGUAGUGACAGUAGCAAUAAUCAUUAGUACGUACAGUGACUCUGCUCACGGUGGUGGUAACGGUUAUUUGUAAUGGAAAUGCAGUCUCGAAGAACAAUCUUCAUAACAAUGUUACGAGAAGACAAGCCUAACGAGGAGCACUUUCUAGCCGAUUUAAAUGACGUGGCUCAAGAUUUUAUCAUCGGUUUUGACGGAGAGACGAACGUUGUGACCACCACCUCAGAGUGGCCCGUCUUCUCAACGGGAACGGACACAUCAACAGCGAUCUCUCUCACAGAGACAUGGGCCCCUGUUCCCAGCCAGCAACUUACAAGCCCUGGCAGCCUUGGUAGCCUUGGCAGCGCCACUUCUUAUAGUGUCCCAGAGGAUACACCAUUCUUUCUAGACAUUGGUAAUUCAAUUAAGAAAAGCUUAUCCUCGUCCGUGGAUGGUGAUGAUGGAAGGAGUUCGGUCACCUUCUCCGACUCUUUAGACUAUUCUAGAGAUUCUUUAUCAACCACCCCGGGCCCUUCCACUGCCUCAAAUGCCACCCCUGGGGACAUCGAAGAUGCAGACAUUUUUACAUUUGACGAUCUCGACCCAGCGUCCUUGGUAGCAGCUGUUGAAGGGGAUAUGACCCCCCUGUUAAAAGAGGAGCUCAAGUACACUAUUCUCAGUAAAAGGCACUCAAAAGGACAGGCGGAGCCAAAUGUGGAAUACAAACUACCAGAACCUGAACAGCUUACAGAGGCUGACUUGGUUCGACGAUCUAGGCGGAAAGAAAGCAACCGAAGAGCCGCCCAAAAAUGUCGAAGAAAGAAGAAAGAAAUGUCAGAACAGCUAUUAGAGCAAACAGAACAACUUGAAUCCCAAAGAGAUUCUUUGAAGAAGACGAUCCAAGAACUAAUAGACGAGAGAGAUCUUUUAUCGGAUCUCUUCGACGCACACAAAAUCGCCUGCAGAAAAAGUGGUAGCGAAAGUUGUUGAAGGUACUAGGCAAAUAUGGGAACUUUUCAGUCCUAUUUUCUUUAGAAGGACCAAACUGUGGCGCUUUCUUACUGUUUAUGCCCAAAAAAGGGUGGGCUAAAAACAAGCUUGCCUUUGCUUGUUGUUCGUAGUGAUUCCGACUUGAAAGAAAUGGCAUUGGACUAAUAUGGGCAUGGGCUAAUGCAUUUCCACUACUGGAUCUGCAGCGAUUUGGAACACUGUUAUUUAAUUGGUUGUUUGCCACGCUGCAGUAUCAGAAAUGGACGCUUAUUCGAACCUUAAAAGGCAUUGUAAUGGUUACUGCACCGGUAACAUUGUUGGGAAAUUGAGGCAAGCCUGGACUUAACCUUAGGCCUAUAUAAUAUCAAUCGAUCAGCCUUACACCAUAAAAGGCGACGAAUAUGUUUCCUAUCCAUAUAAGGCCUCGAACCUUCUAUCAAUCUGGGUCGGUUUGAACUCUUUAAUCAGAUCUGUUUUGUGUAUUAUAAAAUGUCAUCAGGUACUGUUAAAAUGUGUCAAAGGUGUAGGGACCAGUGAUUGGUGACCCGUCUGCCCUAAGAACUGCCAGACAAAAUUAUCUUGAUAAAAUGCAGCGCUAUCUUUUUAAUUUUUCUCGAUAUCAAACAAGUGUGAAAUUUGAUUAUAUGUUAAACAGAAAUAUAUAUAUAUUUCUUUCAAUUAAUUUAUGUAGUAGGUAACCCACUAAGGCUUAAAGUUAGGUCAGAUGUGUUUGUUUCUUGUAAGUGGGUUUUCACAAGGUGCACGUGUACCUUGGAAUGAUUAAGCAAUAAUUUUGUUUACAAAAUACGCGAGUGAGGGAAUCUCCAGACGGGUUGGUCAACAGAUAUCACCUCAUUUUCAAAGCCGGAACGAAUAGAAUGCUAUUACUGAGCUACUUCAAUUUCAGCCUCAUAUGGGUAUGAAUCAUCACUGAUCUAGUCUAUAAGCUCGUAUUUAUAGAACUGGGUAUCACCUACUGUCAAAGGCUGCAAUAUUCUAAUGUAAAUAUUAUGUCUCGGUUGAUAGGGGAGACGUGACGUAUUUGCCGUAACUGGGUCGGGAUCCUUGCGCCUGACUCUGAAUCACCAGUUAUUGCGACACCUGUAGGGCAUUGGGUUCACGUGUCGCAAGCACGGGCAUUAAACUUUACAAAUCGUUAACUUACCAUUGACCUAUAUUGAGUGUCCUUCAGUCUGAUUUCAUACUUUUAUAUUUUUUAUUUACUGUUCACAAUUAAAGGCAGCAUCAUUGUGAGUGUAGAGAAUUUCAAAUGAAGUAUGUUGGUAUAUCAGUGUAAUAUAGUUAUGACUGCGCCUCAUUGUAAAUAGUGUACAGCAGCGCCAGAUGAAUGAGCGACGUGCAUGAAUGGUGAAUCUUAACAGAAUACACGACCGAUAGAGGAGUCUGAGUAUAUGGUGUACAGCAUAACAGAAUCAAGGUGUUCAAUUUUUCAUAUUGAAGACAUUUUGUUGUAAUAAAUGAUGUAUUUGUAAUUCCGUGUUCUUGUUUUACAUGGCGACAAUCUAUUUAUUCAUUUGGCAGUGAUGCAUAAAUAAAAGACGGUGUCACGUAGUAUACUAAAUUGCCUUAAAGUGUUAAAAUUAUCUUUUUUCCCUUUCAAAUAUCAAACAAUUGAAUUUGGCCAGAUCAGGUAAUUGUAGCAUUAAAAAAAAAAAAAAAAAAAAAAAAAAAAA